AUGAACGCCACGGAUCACUACAUGAAGAAGCUUCGUAAUUAUGCAAAGGACCUGCCGUACUCCAUUGAGCCCUACUUGAAGAUGCAAGAAUUGCUUGACCUUAUUCUAUUACGCUUGACCCAAUGCGUGGAUGCCAAGGAUUAUGAUCCUGGUUUCCUGCAGUGGGACAGCAUGUUGACUUACUGGUUCAUGCUGAAAUACCCUAUUCCCAAAGAGAAGAGAAUUGCCACCGCGAAGCUUUAUUUCAAUGUCUGCACAACGCCGGGCAUGCCCAAUCACGUUGUCGCUGCGGGAUGCGAUGCCCUCUAUUUGCUGACCAGGUCGAAGAAUAAGCUGUCCAUUUGGGAUAUGAGGUUUCCCUGGAAGCCCAUUUUCAAUAUUCUGAGCAAGGAUUUGUUCAUGACGAGGAGACAAUUCGAGAUUAGCCAAACAUCUUGGUACAUGGGGUACAUUGCUGAGAACAUACAGAGGUUUUUCCACCCUGUAGCCAUAGACGAAAUGCUGUCGACGUUCUUGCCCAUGAUGAAGGGAACUAGCCUUAGCACUAUCCUCGCUUCUCAGUAUUACAUGUUGACGUUUCUUCCCAUGUCACAUCCUCAAUCCUACCUCCCCAUGAUGUUCCGCCUUUGGGAAUCGGUCAACUCGUACAUGUUUGACGAUCAUAUGCUGCAGUUUUUUGCGAACCUUGCAGAGAUGCACGUGGACCCGACGGUCAGUGAUCCUCUCAGAAUUGAGGAGAUCCCUGACGAUGCGAGGUCGGAGGGUGAGGGGAGGCCGAAGUGGGACAAGAGGGAUCUUGAGAACAAAUGGAAGUGGUCGGGCUUGUAUUCAGAUGUCGGUAUAUUCACCGAACAUGACUGGAAUUUCAUUGUGACCAAAUGUCUGGCAUCCAUGGAAAUUCCGCUCGCCGACGCUGGUUCUCUGACAACGGGUCCUAAUGCGGACAACCAGGCCAGCUUCGAGCUUAACAGAUUACCUAAGCCGUCGGGUAGAAUAUCAUCGCUCGCGCGCAUCAUCGUAUACUCAAUGGCACAGGACGGGAUGUCGAGCCCUGGAUCUACCACUCCGACGCCCGCAUUUACGCCGUUGACGUCAAGGUCAUCAACACCUCUCCCUCAGCACAACGGUGGUGGGCUAAGCGACUAUCUCUCUGCAUCUCUUGCGAAAGGCGUAUAUUCGAAGGCUAAAACGUAUCUCGCCGGGUGCAGAGCUCUAGAUUCUCUGGUGAAGUUAAUCGCCUCUACUGAGGGCUUUUUCCAUCCUACGAAUUCUGGGACCUGGACAUCCGAUCUCAGCGCGUUCAUCAAACACAUUGUGUAUGAGUUCAACAAACGUUGGUAUGAGGAACAGCAGCCUGAUUGCAAAACGCCACUGCACCGGCGAUUGACACGGGAUAUGAAGCGCGAGCUUGUGAAGAGUCUCAGGACGGUUGCGCUGCUGGCUAUGUUCUCACCGGACAAUUCGACUGUCAGCAAUAUUCAAAGCUGUCUCAAAUCAAUGAGUAUUAUGGAGCCUGACCUUAUACUCCAUCCUGUAUUGGAACGGGCAGUACCUGCACUUGAAACGUUGGUUGAGACGCAACGCACGAUUGCUGUGAUCAAAGCACUAGGAGCUGUCGCACCUGCACUUGUGUGCCGUCACGUUUAUUAUGCGGGCGCUAAACAUUUGUUGCCUAUACUCGAACUUCUGCUUCCUGGCAUUGACUUGUUUUGUACGACCGCCUUCAUAGUUGAGAUAGCCCAGUAUAUCAAAUUCGGGGAAAUGACAAGCGAAGAGAGCAACAAACCUAUUGAUGUUGACAUGGGACGCGCUACUGCAGACGCACCAUCUUUGGACGUCACAGCUUUCCCGCAAGGAAUUGAAUCCAGUGAAGACGUGCAAUUGACCAAGGAUGAAGAAGAUGCUAUCCUAAAGAAUAUGUCCACCACGUUCGCAGACUGGGUGGCUGCAUUCUUGCGUCGAGUAAUCCUCCUUUUUGAGAACCUUCCUGAGGAAGGCGCCGACGGCACGGCGGGCGGAGCAACCGAAGUCCAGCUGGUAGACGCUGUCUGCGGCGCUUUUAGCCAGAUCUGCGUCCAUCUGUCUCAGCCACUAUACGACAUGGUUCUGAACAUGGUGUUUGACUACGCAAGUGAAAAUGUGCGCUCCAACGCCGUGCGGGCCAUCCAUCAACUUGUGGAAUGUAUCGCGAAUGCAGAUCCAGCGAAGACCCUCGCAAAAUUUGUACCAUUCUGCGACCGCAACAUCCGUAUUGAACUGGAACACGGUGCCAGCUCUUUGCGGACUACAUCACCCUCAUCGACUCCUCUUCCGUCCGAUGCUACUCUCCACUGGAAUCUGGCCAUACUUCGAGGAUCGAUGUAUAAUGACGGUAGAGCGGCUCUACCGUACCGCCAAGACCUGAUUGCCCUUUUCAAGUUGCUGCACGAGAAGACGCUCUCGAAGCGCGGAUUCUCAAACACUGGCAAGCUCUUGUCCAGCACCUUGCUCACCUUGACGCAUACGUACCCUCUCGAAAACAAGCUAGUCAAUCCUGAUGAAUGGGCUAGCGAAGAGUUCCGUCGGAACCAUCAUCAAUACUGGGGUAAACUGUACAAGCCGGAGGACGUGAAGCUCUCGUGGCAUGUUCCGAACGACGAAGAGACUGAUUUCGCACUUGAGAUAUUCCGGAAGGUGGUCGAGCCGACCUUGACCACACUUGAAGGGUUGUUGGAACCUGGAGUUGUGCGUGACGCCGUCUGGCGUAACGAUUUUUGCCGACAUCUCAGCUUCGUCCGUAACGCAUUCUCAGGUAUCCCUACGUUUGCGAAGGAGUUUAUUCCUCCUGCAGAUAUGCGGAGAGGCAUCGAGACGACUGACAUAAUCCACGAAUUGCCCGAAAUGAUUGCCAGCAUUGAACCUCUGAAUGCCGGCUUCGCUCUACAAGAUCUGUCUGACCCUCGUCAUCAGUACAUAACUUCUUUGAAACAGCGAUUCGGGGAAUUCUUACAUUCAGCUUCGGAAUCACUGCGUCAACAGGGUGAAGAGAACACUGUUGACGCGGUGCAUAUGCUGAUUCGCUCGAUACGAACUUACAUGCUCGAUUAUGGCGACAACAGGGACAACUACUUUUUGCAAAGCGAUCGUUACAGCUCGGAGCAGAAUGUUGCACGCCAUUAUGCGAAACAAAAGGUUUGGCCACGCGCUCUCUACGUUCGCAGAGCGAGGUUCUACCAUUCAGCACGGUUGCGCUGGAAUUCAAUCGAGCGAAGGAGAGGACCCCUUGAAGACAAACUUAUUGACGACAUCACUGAAUGGGCCAUGUGGCACUAUGUGACCGAUAGAACAAGCCAGGCCCUUCUGGAAGACCUCUGCAGUAGCUUCGACGGCAUUCGAAGGCGGUGCCUGCCAAAGCUCUAUAAAGCGUUGGAGCCUGGAACAGAAGACGACCGCAUGAAGGGUGCGCUCUGGACCCUCAACUGUUCUGCCUUUGCCAAAUAUGCAAUCGGAGAACCUAUAUUGACUACCGAACUGGUGAAAAGAUUGUUCGCUUGUCAGCAUAAUGAAAGGCCUUCAAUACAGGACUAUGUCGCGUCUUUAUCGGACACAUGCUUGAACGGCUUUAACGAGCCUUGUUUUGUCGUAUACGAUAUCGAGAACACAGGAUUGCGACAAGCAAUAGCGGACAUGAAGGCAGUUCUUGCGGCAAGCCAUGACGACAGCGCGAUGGUGGAACGGUGUAGGGACCAACGUAUUUCAAGGCUGUCAUUGGCGAAUGAUGCUAUCGCAGACACGACCAAUGCACUGCUUGAGAUCGCAGAAUCUCCGCGCACUCACUGGCGCUAUGCUAUCGUUGCCAUCAGGUGCCUAAGGACUCUAGUCAGACGGGAUAUCGCCGUUCAAGCGCCACACGCCCGGUACCUCGUGGAGAAAACAUUGGAUUCUCAUUCGAGCAUUUAUGCACAACGUGCGAUCAUGAAAAUCUCUAGGUAUAUCAAGCUGCGCACCUUGUCCAAUGGUCCGAUCGACCUCGCGCUUGAGCAGAACCACAACCCACUUCGACGAACUGUUUCCAUCGCAAAGCCUACUCAUGAAUUCACUGCUGAAUGGCUAGCGGAAUUAAGGCGUCCGAUUAACAUAGAGCGAGCUAGAAGGGAGCCGUUGAUACGAGACAAGCUUUCCAGCGGAUGGCUGGUGUGGAAAGCUACAGCAGAUUGCUUCCUCGCCCCUGAUGCUGUCCUCUCAACGUUCAAGCCCUGGAAUGCCGAUUGCGAAGAGGCAUUCGAGGCAAUAUGUACGAUAGUAACAGAUCCCUCUUACUGGAAGAAGCUCGCCAUUCACUAUGCUGCGGAGAACCACACGGAUGUCGUCUCCCAAGAUAAUGCAUCAUGUGUGAAGUCGAUCUUUCAAUUGCUCGAAUAUGAGCCAUUCGAGGCUUUAAGACCCACGUUAGAAGAACUCAUUGCGAAUGAGGAUAAGAAUAAGCAGCGUGCCGCUGCCGAAUUCCUCGCCGGAAUAUUUGCUGGAUCGAAGCAUUGGCCGACUAACAGCCAAGCUAAGUUGUGGGAGUGGUUUAAGCCACAAAUGCAGUCGAUCUUCGCGCACAAGAGUAACGAUACCCUCCCAGUUUGGACUUCGUUCGUUGAGUACGUGUUCUUCAACAGAGACCCUCGACGACUACAGCCGCUCGUGGACUAUAUCGUGGCAGAGUUCGAGGACGUGGAUUUCAACAAUGAGUCGACAUCGGAAGUUGUUCAUGUCCUCAGCAUCUUCCGAGCUUUCUAUGAGGAGCUUGGCUGGAAGUUCACGCCGUGGGUUGACGAUGCUGUGGAGAGGUGCUGGUCAGAGUUGAGCAGAACCGAACACGAUGACGUCCUGGCAUACAUCAGUGAGAUUAUGACCUACAGCGGAAAAGUGAUGUGGGCACCAAGACCAUCUACACCGACUGCUGAUGUCUUUGUUCGUGAAUGCCGUAUCCUUCCCUUGGAUUUCGACAUCAUGGGAGUCCGCGGAACGUUCCACGAGGGUCGAAUAUUGGACCUCGUCGAGAAGUUCAAAGCGUGGCGUGGACAGCGGUUGCCUGGUUCUCGUGCAUUCCAGUCGACGUAUGACAGGGUUGGUGUGCUUGUUUGUAAAUGGCUAUUCCAGAUGGUACACGAUGUCAAUGCCAUUGCUGCGUUCGAUUACAUUCUUCCUCUAAUGCCUGAGCUUUUCCGCUUCGCGGAAGUGAACGACAAUGACGACCUAGCGCACCGUGCGCAUUUACUGCUAGUGCGGAUGUGUGGUGUAGUUCCUCCGCGGCCUCUGAUAUAUCCGAUGUUGGAUGCUAUCUUUGUAGCGAUACAAACAUCGCCGUCUUGGAGAGUCCGUCUCAAGGUCCUUCCUCUUGUUCAAGUAUUCUACUUCCGUCAAUUUCCUCUCAUUAGUGAUGUCAAAAUCGUCGAGAUGAUAGAGGUGGUUUGUAGAUGUUUGGACGACGAGGUUGUUGAAGUUCGUGAAAUGGCUGCAACAACAUUAUCGGGGAUUCUACGCUUGUCACCCCGUCGGAGCGUGCUCCACCUAAGGGAUCGCUUUGUGCGACUUCUCAAGAAUAGCAAGUUACCGGGCAGGCGCUCUCCCACAUACACGUCUGCACUGCGCCAACGACACGCAGCCAUUCUCGGUAUCUGCGCCUUGGUGGAUAGCUAUCCUUACACAGUUGAGAGGUGGCUGCCCGAUUUGCUCACUAACGUGCUGGCAGAGCACACAUACGAUCCCAUCCCAAUUUCUACAACAGUCAGGAAGUGUGCGAGCAACUUCAAGAAGACUCAUCAAGACACAUGGCACGAGGAUUGCAAGCGCUUCACCGAUAGUCAACUUACUGCUCUGUCUACGUUGCUCACCGGCUCCUCGUACUGUGAGUGCUUGAUGAAACGGAUAGACGUAGCAACACUAAACAGUGACGCUACUCAGAUGCGUGAAUCAAUCUGCUGUAUGAAGCCUCUGCUGUAG